AAACCCUCUUCUCGCAAAGCACUCUGGGGUUUGUGGUUCGAGCGUGAGGCGGGAAGCUUCCCCGUUCCGAUUCCCGCGCAGCGCUCUCGUCCUCCCAGCUGAGGACUACCUUUCCCGUCAGGCCCCGGGGCUCUUCCCGCGGUACCAAUCCCUCUCCUCACAGCUCUUCCCCCCCACCCCACCCCUCACCACUUUUGGCGGAGACAUUUGCGAAGCGAGUCUCUCCAAGAUGGCGGCCUGGGGAAGGAGGCGCGCGGGGCCCGGCAGCUCCAGCGGAGGAGGCAGGGAGAGGGUUGCCUUGUCUGCCACGGACUGUUACAUAGUUCAUGAAAUCUACAACGGGGAAAACGCUCAGGACCAGUUUGAAUACGAGCUGGAGCAGGCCUUGGAGGCCCAGUACAAAUACAUUGUUAUUGAGCCCACACGUAUCGGGGACGAGACGGCCCGCUGGAUCACUGUUGGCAACUGCCUGCACAAGACAGCCGUGUUGGCAGGCACUGCCUGCCUCUUCACCCCGCUGGUCCUCCCAGCAGAUUAUUCCCACUACAUCUCCUUGCCUGCCGGCGUGUUGAGCAUAGCCUGCUGCACCCUUUAUGGGAUCUCCUGGCAAUUUGACCCCUGCUGCAAGUACCAGGUGGAGUACAAUGCCUAUAAACUCUCCCGCUUGCCCCUGCAUACGCUCACCUCCUCCACUCCUGUGGUUCUGGUGAGGAAGGACGACCUCCACAGAAAGAGACUGCAUAACACGAUAGCGCUGGCUGCCCUGGUGUACUGUGUAAAGAAGAUUUAUGAACUCUACGCCGUAUGAUUGUGCAGCUGGGGAAAGGAGGAACCCACAAAAGACACGAAAGAGAACGUAUUUAAAAAAAGGCUCCCACAGUUAACGAUUGAUUCCCCCCCCCCCCUUCUUGGUGGGCACCCGGGGAAGCGGUUUGGUUUAUCCCACUUGUUAUGUUUUAGAAACAAAAACGACACGUCACUGAUUGGUGCAGCAAAAUGGGGGAACGUUCAGUCUUCUCUUAUGCCCCGGAUGUGAAUCUGCUGUGAAACAGGACACUGUGGGAGCCAAAGUUGAUCACGGAAUGUCAAUGAACAGAAACGGGGCGUAGGAAAGCGGGAGGGGGGUUGUAAGCUUUUUCUUUUCUCUCUCUUUUUUUUGAGAAACAUUUAAGUAUAUUGUUUAAUUGUAUUCUACAGAACCAGCUCAAAGUUCACUGACCAUUCAUUAAAGGAUGAGAAUUUAAAAAAAAAAGAAAA